CAGCCGACUAAAGAACGACCUUGCUCCGCAGGCUCCUCCCGGAGAGAGGUGAUUAACUCAUCGCGCUAAGUCAUGGCCUCGGUACCCUCCGCCGGCUGUCUCCUGGCCAAGAACCAGUACUACAGAACAAGGCAGAACUCGGAAUCCAGUGCUUCUUCCAGCUCCUCCUGCUGUUCGGAUGCUGUGAAUGCUACAGAGCAGGAUAAAGCGUUUCAUGGGUUACCUGACAUAAUUGAUAAAUAUUGGUGGAUAAAAAGCUUUUUUCAUAGUGAGCCAUCUCCACCAACUGUUGGCAGAAAAACACUAUCAGCAAGCAGUACCAACAGUUGAAGAGGACACCGCUCUGGCUUCACUGACUGAGAUACUACAUACAGGCUUGUUUUUCCAAGAGGCUUGGGAUCUUCCUAAUGUCUGGGUUCAGCCACAAGAAGAAAACAAAACCUGUGGGAAGAGUGGAAGAGUGUAUUUUCAAAACAUUUGUCAGUAGCUUAAAUGAUGUUGCUUAAGGGACAUGUCCAUGACCUACCUUGUUCAUUACAGAGUUGCUGUAAUUUGAGAUCUCUCUAAUGGAAGGUACCACAGUUUAAAUAUCCUGAUGACUUGGAUAGUACAGUAAAAGUAAAAUGUUGUAGAUUUAGAAGUAUGCAUACUAAAUGACUUUGCUGUAGAUGAUACUGUUAAGUUCUACCCUUAAGAUAUCACCAAUUGUGCUGAUGUAAACAGGUUUCAGAGGUGUACUCCAGAGCAGGGCUGCUGUGUGGUACAUGUUUUCUCUUAAGUAUUUAUGUAUGAGUUGCAGGAAGUGAUCUUACAAGAAUGCUUCUUAAUAGCUUUGCUUUU